AUGGGGCACCUUCAGCAGCAAUCGCCGAUGAUCCCGCUAUCGUCCCCCGCGGACCCCUCCGUGCCCACCAUGAUAAAGAAAGACCGCCUCGCUCGCGACGAGCUGUCGCUUCUAUCCUUGACUCCUCCAGACGUGAUAAACUCUGCGUUAUCAACUACAAAGGAUGGCCAUGCUGAUGCAUCGGUAUCCACCGCCAUUCAUGUCAUUUCCACAGAGCGCGCCGCCCUAGCGCACUUGGAACGUCUUUAUGAAACAAAUGCGUUGGCGCAAGAGAGUCUUGCCCGGGCGGUAAGCCAGAUUGCUCGCAGCGUGCGGAGUGGAGGAAAAUUGGUAUGCUGCGGUGUAGGAAAGAGUGGAAAGAUUGCCCAAAAGCUCGAGGCAACGAUGAAUAGCCUGGGUAUCUACAGCGCAUUCUUACAUCCAACGGAAGCAUUGCAUGGAGACCUGGGCAUGAUUAGACCGCAAGAUACCCUGUUGUUGAUUUCUUUCUCGGGGCGCACGCCUGAGCUCCUGCUCCUGCUCCCUCAUAUCCCCUCAACGGUCCCAAUAAUCGCCAUAACUUCUCACCUCCACCCGUCCACAUGCCCUUUAUUGUCGUUUCAACCGUCCGACAUGGGCAUCCUCCUACCAGCACCCAUUCACGAGGACGAGGAGUUAUCCAUCGGCGUAUGCGCCCCAACCUCGUCUACGACGGUAGCCCUGUCACUGGGAGAUGCCCUGGCUAUCGCCACCGCCAGACGACUACACACAUCUCCAGGAAGAGGCCCAGCAGAGAUCUUCAAGAGUUUCCACCCCGGCGGAGCCAUCGGCGCCGCAUCGAACGUCCUCACGCCAAUGAGCAUGUCCACCGCCUCAUUCCCCUCCACAACUUCAGACGACCUCUCCAGUCAACAGCAGUCCGUCGCCUCGCUCCCCCAGUCAGAGGACACCCAACGCAUAAUCGACAAGCUCGUCCCCAUCGACCAAAUCCCAGCAGUAUCUACAUCCACUGGCACCAUCCGUCUCCUAGAUAUCUUGCUCACAGCCAUCCAACACCCCACCGCCAAGUCCUGGGUCCAUCUGUCUCCGUCCGAAAUAAUCCCACCCCGACAUCUCCGCUCCCUUUCGCAAACAAACUAUGUAGACAUGGACACGUCCGCGCUAGCCUCUCUCGGCCUCCCGUUUUCCGUACCCCGGGAUGAUUGGCUCCGGCUCCCUAGCUCGACCUCCCUCGACGAUGCGCGUCGGCUAGUUUCGGAAUCUACCGCUGCUGCGGGGGCCGUCAUAGCCGUCAUGCAGGACGAGAAUCCCGAUGCUUGUUUGGGCUUCUUUGAAGCGGAGGAUCUGUGGGAUGGAUUUAUCAGUACAGGAGUCGUGUCAGGGGUAUAA